AUGCCGAAGCAAAAUAGGGUUAAAAAUCAAUUCAAAUCAGUCAAAGAGAGAUCUUCACUUGUUCCGAGGGAGUCAUCACAGGCUCAAGCUUCAUCUUCAACAUUUUAUCGAGUCUCUUUACAUUCUACACUGCCUACACAACCUACACAACCUGUUAUUUCAGUUGAUGGGGUCUCUUCGCAACACGGUGUUCCAUCAUCAUCUGAUGGAGUCUCUUCGCAUCAUGUUGUAUCAUCUUCAUCAUCUGAUGGAGUAUCUUCUCAGCCCGCCGUUCCAUCUUCAUCAUCUGGUGCAGGCUCUUCACGACAAACUGGACGUAGUACUAGCAAUGAAGAGCCUCAUUGGUUUGUCGAUGUUAUAGAUAAACAUCAAGUAAUAAAAACAAUUAGAUUGAAGGUUAAGGAUGUCCAUAACUUGGAUAAAGGAUUGCGUAUAAUUGUAGAAUUUGAUGAAUAUUAUGCAGCAAUUGGGAAAUCGGCUAGCCUAAUUGCUGGAGUUUUAGGGCAGCUAGCAACAAAUCCUAUGUACUUUCCUAUUGGCUUUGAGAAAUGGCAAUCCAUGCCCAAAUCUUUUCUGGACCGUAUUUUUAAUGAUAUAAUAGUGCCUCAUUUUUUUUUUACGAUUGAUCAACAAAAGGCAAAGGGAUGGCUUAACAGUUCCAUUAACAAAAAGUGGAGGGAUUACAGGCUAAAACUAUGGAAGGAGGCUGAUGAUCCAUUAUUAAGUAAAGAAGAUAUCAUCAAGAACGUUCCGUAUGGCAUACCGAUGGACCAAUGGGCACUGUUUGUUACGUAUCGCAUGAAAGAGGAGACAAAGGUACUUUAUUUUGCUAUUGCUACUUCUGCUAUUGCUACUUCUGCUUCUUCUUCUGUUUCUGUUGCUUUUUUUGCUACUGCUUCUCCUGCUUCAUCUGCUAUUGUUGCUUUUUCUUUUUCUGCUACUGCUUGCUUCUUAUUUUGUUUCUUCUGCUUCUUCUGCUACUGCUAA